AUGUAUCACAAUCUGCAUGCCAUUGUGGCUGCAGCUUUACCUGCAAUUGCUGUCGCGUCGGUCAUUCAGCAGCCAAUUGAUAGCUUUGAUCAUACCCAGGGCUAUCAAUUCGAUCCUCUUCUGCACCUCCCGGGCAUAUCGCCUUAUUUCGAUGCCGUAGGCUUUGGAUUGUCGCACGCUGCACCUGAAGGAUGCACGGUUACAGCUGCGUCGUAUCUCAUCCGACACGCUGCGAUUUACGCCAACGACGCUGAGUAUGAGGAUUACAUCAAGCCUUUCCUGUACAAGCUCGAAAAGCAUCGCGGUGACUUUUCAGGACCGCUUGAAUUUCUGAACAAAUGGUACUCACCAAUUGAAGAGAAUCAUCUCGAAGACGUCACGCCCUCAGGCAAGGUCGACGCGAAAAAAGUUGGUCAUCACCUUGUGAAGCGCUAUCGACACCUAGCGUCAUCAGUAAAGCGCGUCAUCGCCGAUACGAAAGCCAGAACCUACGACACAGCCAAGGCAUUUCUCCAAGCGUUCCCCGAAGAUGGAAAUAUCGAGAUUACGCGCUUUGACAAGAAGGAAUUAAACAACGGCACGCGCGCUCUUCUCCCCCACAAGGCCUGCUUCAAAUUCUCCAAAUCGCCUGGUACGGAACAGCAGCAGAAGUUUGUCAAGAACUACGCAAGUGGCGUCGCGAAACGCUUACGCCCACAUACGCCCGACGAUUAUGAACUUGAUCCCUACGAUGUUUUUGCACUUCAAUCAAUUUGUGGCUACGAAUCUGCCAUCCGAGGAAAGAAAUCCCCAAUUUGCGGAUUAUUUUCUGACGCCGAGUGGCUUUCGUAUGAAUAUGCCUGGGAUAUGAAAUAUGCUCACAUGGUCGGGCCUUUCAAUCCCCUGUCGAAUUACUUGGGUUUCCCAUGGUUGCACUCACAGUCUAGGCUUUUCAGCAAAAUCGACGAAAAUUCUGAAUUGAUUGGUGAUGAAUCAUCAGGAUGGCCUAAAGAACAACGACUAUUCUUCUACUUCACCCACCGCGAGGUCCCUCCAUUCGUCGCUACAGCUCUAGGAAUUUUCAACUCGUCUUCCCGCGAAGGAUACGAUGAAUUCCCCACUACACACGUCAACCACGUUCGAGCUUGGAAAAUGUCCGAUCUUAUUCCGUUCUUGGGCCAUGUUGGUAUGGAGAAGAUGACGUGUGAGAGGCCAGUUGCUAAAGAUGGCACAUCCGAGAAAGAGGAGUUUAUCAGAUUUAUUGCAAACACUGCGCCUCGACCCUUGCCUUUGUGUCAGAACGGACCCGGUGCAAGUUGUCCAUUCGAGGAGUUUAAGAAGAUUGUUAGUGCAGGCAUGGAGAAAUAUGGGGAUUUUGAUGGCGUUUGUGAGAACAAACAAGAGAAGGAUGACGAGCUGUAA